UUGAAAAGUUCAAGUUUCCUGUUCAUGUCCCUUGGUUCUUCAACUCCAAUCGUUAAAGAGAAAUAUUUCAGAAGUGUUCAAUGAGAAGACUAUAACAAAGCGAUAACGCUACCUUGAGAUUCUAGAACGGGUAAAAUACACACACACACAAAGGCCAGGGACUGGUGAAAAUGGACACAAUGGAAAAUGCAGAUGACCAAUACAAAACAGACCCUUGUACGGUGGAUUCUGACUUCAGAUACACGCUCUUCACUGUGUCAUAUUCAAUAAUUUUCAUCUUUGGAUUCAUUACAAACUGUUAUGUCUUGUGGGUAUUUACCCGGGUUUAUCCAGCUAAAAGAUUAAGUGAAAUUAAAAUAUUCAUGAUAAAUCUGACUGUGGCUGAUCUGCUGUUUUUAAUGACACUUCCUCUCUGGAUUUCAUACUACCAUCAUAGAGGUGACUGGAUCAUGCCCUCAGAACUCUGUAAUGUGGCCGGCUGUCUUUUUUUUCUCAACACCUACUGCUCUGUGGCAUUUCUUGGAGUCAUCAGCUUUAAUCGAUUCCAGGCUGUCACUAAACCAGUGGAGACAGCUCAGUCCACAGCCAGGAUAAGGGGCAUAUGUGUCUCAACUGCCGUAUGGAUUCUUAUAUUUUCUAGCUCUAUUUACUAUCUGAUUAUUCCUGGCACCAAUAAGGUGAAUGUCAAUGGUGUCAAUGUUACUCGCUGCUUUGAAGGAUAUAAUAUUGAAAAUAGAGGUCCUGUGGCUAUUACCCACUUCAUUCUGGUUGGAGCUUUUUUCGUAGUGUUUCUCAUCAUAUUAGUUUGCAAUACUGUGAUUGUCAGGACCUUAUUAACUCAAUCCAUUCAGGCCAGGCAGAGCGCAGAAAUGAAGCACCGGGCUCUGUGGAUGGUGGGAACUGUUACGGCUGUAUUUGUCAUCUGUUUUGUUCCUCAUCACAUCGUAGAUGGUCCUUGGACUCUGACUGUCCUGAGAAUGUGGCAUGAGGAUGACUGCAGUUUUCGGAAGACACUGAAUGAUGCUCAUCAGGUAACUUUGUGCCUGAUGAGCACUAACUGCAUGCUUGACCCAAUUAUAUACUGUUUCCUCACCAAGAAGUUCAGGAAACAAUUUUCAGAGCGCUUCAAGACCCUAAAAAGCAGCCGAGGCGCUCUUCAACUUGCGAUCCAGGAACCAGAGGAAAGGAACCAGAGAUCUUGAAUAUUUGAACCAGAUGAACAUCCAGCAAUGUAGUUAUAACAAAUCUUAACUGUUCUUAUCUCAUCUCCCAUGCUUGGUAUUGUACGUUUCAUUCAUUCAUUCAUUGCAUGUAUUUAGUAAAACAACAAACAAAGGAUUUACAUGUCCAACAAACACAGAAGUGUGGAAAAACAUGUUGUGGAAUCAGAAUCACCACAGUCUACUUGCUAUAAACGGAUAACCUUUUGAAAAUGAGCAUGGUGCCAACUUUAGGAAAACCGGACAUCACUUGGUUCCUGCCUUUGGCAACCAAAUGUCAAUGAAUAUAUCCAUGGAUCUAUGGAAUAUUUUCCGCCAAGAGAACUACACACAACUGUUUAUAUUUUAUACAAGCAUUACAUGGAACUCUAUAAAAUCACUCUACAUUACAAUGUCAUCUACCACUUUUAUACAUGUCCCUGUUUGAAUACACAUGGGCAAUAAAAAAAUAACUGUUCAGGAACUUUUGGGUCAUUCUACUGUCACUUGCCACUAAUGUUCUAACGGACAUUG